AUGGCCGACCACGAGCACGAGCACGACCACGCACACGACCACGCGGGCCCCGCCCCGGGCGAGACCGCCGAACAGCACGCCGCCCACCAAGCCUAUACGCCCGUCAAACACUGGGGUCUGGGCCGCCGCGCCGAAUGCGCUCUGUUCUACGCCUUCACGAUCCCGUCCUGGUGCUUCGAGAUCGCGGCGUGCGUGACAGGGAGUUUCCUGGGGACGUCUUCUGGCGCGUUUAUUGGGACUGUGACGCCGUGGUUGGUGCUGUGGGCGACGGCGUGGCUGCAGACGGCGACGCAGAUGAUUCAGCGGGCGAGCUGGGUGCGCGACGAGGCGAAUUUGAAGGAUCGGAAGCAGUACCUUUAUUUGAGCGUCAGGUUGCAGCGGUUGAUGUUGCCCACCGCCAUCCCCGCCCUGGUCACCUUCAUCGUGGCGUACGUCCAGCGGAAAAGCCGCGACGACUUGGCUUACUGGCUCGUCUUCUUGCUCUUCUUCAUCUUCAACACCGUCGGCUGCGUCAUGAACGCCUACAACAACAUCACCUGGGAGUGCGACCGCCUUCAUUACGAAGAGGGCUUCCCCGCUAUGAAGUACACUCGUCUGGCUAUCCUUGGAAUCCCAAGCUCCGACAGAGGCUUGUUCAGAUUUGAUUGA